AUGUCGCCGCCACAGUCAGAGAAACCAGUGCCGUCUUCAACACAGCUGGUUAUCUACACUGUGUCAUAUAAUACCUUGGAAAUAUACCCUUACGUCCCGCUGGUGGAGCUGUCUAUGGGGCGGGCGCUGGUUCCUCAGGCUAUACAAGAAGGGGCUGACGUGUACUUCGAGUGCAGUGUCGUCUCCAACCCCCCGUACCUCCGCGUCGAGUGGUUUCACGAUGGCAAGGUGGUGGAGCACAACAUGAGCGCAGGUGUUGUGGUGAGCGGCCUCAGCCUGGUCAUUCGGCACCUGCGUCGGGAGCACUCGGGGUCGUACACCUGCGCUGCCACCAACACCGAGGGCGUCACGACCAGCAACCCCGUCUCCCUCACCGUCAGGCACGCCCCCGUGUGCGCGGGCGCCAGCCAGGAGCGGACCCAGGGCGCUGCCCGGGGGGCGCCCACCUACGUGAAGUGCACCGUGAACGCCGAGCCCGCCCGCGACAUCUCGUGGGCGUGGGUGAGGACGCUGGCGGACGGCAGCGAGGUGGAGAUCUCCGAGGACAACAUCCACAGCGAGGGCGUCACCUCCAAGGUCAUGGUCACGCCCCGCACGCCCGAGGACUACGGCCAGCUGCUGUGUCGCGCCUCCAACGAGGUCGGGCAGCAGCGGCAGGCGUGCGUGGUGACCCUCGUGCCCGCGGGGCCUCCGGACACGCCCUCCAACUGCUCCGCCUCCCCCGUCUCCCCCGACGGCCUCGUGCACCACGCGGCGCUCACGGUCACCUGCCUGGAGGGCUUCGACGGCGGCCUCCCGCAGAGCUUCCAGCUGGAGGUGUGGCAGGAGGGGGCCUUCGUCGCCAACAUGUCCAGGUCGGUAUUCGGAAUGGCGCUGCUGAUGUGUAUAGGUUUCGAGCGGAACCCCAGAAUGGCAAGUGACCGGACUGAAGGCGGGACUGGGCGUGACCUUGCGUGUCCUCGCCCACAACAACAGAGGGCGAAGCGAGGUCACCCGGCUGGAGCUGCACACGGCCAGCGCCCAACACCACGCCGCUCCAGGUCUCGUAAUCGACUCGGAGAGGGAGAAAGUUUACAUGGGCGUGCCACCCCUCCUGGGAGCGCUGGUGGGCGUGGGGUGGUCCUUCUGGUCUUGCUGAUCGUGGGCGUGGUGAUUGUGAGGUUACGCCCGCCACAGGCCGCCCCCCACGCACGUGCACACGCUGGUCAUGACGCCCACGUGCCGCGACGCGGGCGCGGAGAGCUACGACCCCGACGUGGUGUCCUCGCUGAAGCGGCGCGACGGACAACCUGGACGUUGCCGCGGACGGCGCACGCCCAGGGCGAGGCCGCCGCCGGCGCGGCCCACGGCCAGGCGGUCACCCGGACGCGCGCCAACGGCCAGACGGUGACGCAGGCCUACGUGCACCGGCAGGGCGCCAAGCGGGGGACCCUCGCCCGCGGCCUGUGCGUGCGGCGGCAGGACAGUCCGUUUCCUGACACCGACAGCGACUCCUCCGACAGCUCCGACUCGGACUCCACCUUCACGGACCUGACGGCGGCGGGGAGGGCGGCCAUGGGCUCCAAGGCGGUGAGCAGCCACUCCUUCCCGAGACUGGCAGGCCAAGAGGCGCACAACGCGCAGUCUUCCUUCGACCUGCACCUGUUCUCAGGCCCGGGGGCGCAGGUGGUCGGCGGUGCCACGGGGGGGAUGUUCCAGAACGUCACGGGCUUCAGCCACGAGCUGCGUCAGCUGCCGGCGUCAGCGGAGGAGCUGAGGCAGCUAUCGUCCGCGAGGCAGUUCAUCACGUCUUCCGGGGAGCUACGUCAGCUAACCUCUUCGUCCGCAGAGCUGAGGCAACUCACAGCUUCUUCCGGGGAGCUGCGGCAGCUGACGUCUGCUUCAGGAGAGUUCAGACAACUCACCUCUUCCUCAGGAGAAUUGCGGCAACUUGCCUCUACCUUAAAUAGUUAUCCUCCCUUGUUAUUUCCUGGAGAACUUCAGAAAAUGGUGUCUACGGGCGACUUACGGCCGCUCCUCUCUGCGGAGAACAUCACCCACCUGACUCUGUCCGGGGGCGAAUUCCGCUUGGUGCCGGUGUCAGGUGGGUCUUGGCACCUGAUAAGCAAAUCGCCCUCAGGACUCCCGCCAACCCCUGCGGCUUCCACCAAAUACCCAGCCCUGCCAGACACAAAGGCCCACCCCCUGGCGACUCCCAGUCAGGUGGAGGCCAUUCCUGCAUCCUGGGGAAGUGUUCAGUUGCAGACCUGCAAUGUCCAACUGCAGCAGCCUCUUUCCAUGCCAACCAGCGAUGUAGGGCCCCUGCCUGCUUUAGAUUCAGCGAUGGCCCUUAGUACUACAGGAGCAGCACCCGCGGGUCUUGCUGUGCAGAUUGCAAAUACCCAACGGCAACUCCAUCGGCCAGACCACAUUAGAACGAGCCAGCCCAAUCCAACGCACGCCCAGACGCAGUCCCCGGGCAAUGAAGUGACCCGCCUAACGGAGAGUGCUUUCAAACAAGACCCACAAGCACGCCUCGGAAACCUUCAGCCGUCACAAUCGGUGCUUGAGCUUGAGCCUCCUCCACUUUUCAACGAGAACCUCCAAGCCCAGUCUGAGGCUUGUGUGGAGGCACAUUCCCCGCCAUCAUUCAUGCAGAUACAACCUCCUCCGUCAUUCAGAGAACCACAUCUUGCAUAUUUUGAAGAGCACGUGCCCUUGCUGAACUCCUCAGAGGAACACCAGUAUCCCCAGAGGUCCUUUGAUCCAACGCAGGUUCAGCUAUACACAUCUGAGACUGUUCAUCUAGAUCCUUCAUCUGGAACUGCACAAGUGAUUUCUGCUAACUCCGAGAGUUUCCAACAGCCUCCUGGGCUUCAAGCAGCACAAAGACCCAUUGCAGACGAAUUUCGAAAGUUCUUCAGCUCAAUGUCGCAGUCUAGUAAAUCAACACCAGUUCCAGAAAGCAUUCAGUCGCAUUCACCAUCACCUGCUGCCAAAACGCCCUCUCUCUCCGACUGAAGAGUCACAACCCCUUUUACUUUCACCAGAGACGAAAAUGCCGCACGGGUUUCCUUCCACGUACCAACAGCCGCCGCUCAUUUCGGCGGCGAACCAGCCGGCUGUGGCAAGAAUAGCUGUCGAGUCCAGUACCAUGCCACGGCCGGCAACUCCGUCUCCAGCUCGUUCUGCAUUUCGCCAAGACAGAGACUCGGUAGCUGUGCCUAGGCCUCUGCCUCAAAACAAGACGAUAAUGAGACAGGCAUCCAAUUUAUCCACAGGGAAGAAGGGCCCUUCCUCGGCGUCAGACGGCUCAGAACAAAAGAGCAAAGGAAAACAAGUGACCUUCAAGUACGAGCCUCAGGAGGACACCUCGGUCAUUGCCAGAAAGCCAUCGAAGACUGAAGCAACCAAAAAGGAAAAGCGAUGCGGUCAACUCUUUUCCUACGUCGACCUGUCCUCUCCGAGUAGCAUCGACAGCCUUUUUCUGGACAGCAAGUCCUCCCCGCCUUCAUCGGUCUCCUCACAGUCUUCUACUAACAUCCCCAACACCAGCAGAACCGAACAGUUGCACGGUGAAGGUUCGUCUCGUUGCCCUCCGUCUGUCCAGGAUAAGAAGAAAGGCUUUUCCCAUCGGGAAGCGUCGACGCCUUUGAAGCCACCGAGGGGAUCGAACCUCUCCUCUCCUGUCUCUCCGGAAGCGCCCAAAGAAACCGAAUAAGCUUCUCCGCCUUUGUGUAUUUCCUUAACCCAAGCAGUCUCUCAGCGUGGAGAGAAGCUGUCACGAAUCCCCUAUUCACAGGACAGUUCAAGUUGCACUGGCUGGGUGCAACAGGAAAGCCGAGAUGUAUCGAUGGACUGACCAUCGACUCCCAGAUGUAUUUAAGAGCUUUUGUGUCAUUUUUGCCACAUGUUAUGUCCAGACUGUAGGUGCAUAGAUUUCUUUUUUAAAAAGACAAAAUGAAACUUACGGAAAUCGGCAAAAAUGAGGCUUUGUAUAUGAAAAAAAUAAAGAUUGAAUCAAUACUAAACACAAAACUGGAUUGUCCACAAAGCAGCUUGUGUUGUAAAUAAAAGUUUUCAUUUUAAUGAAUCUGGA